CCCAGUUUAUACACAGGAAGCUACCCAGGAGGGUCACUACCUACGGCAGGAGCAUGACUGAAGACAAGGGCAAGACAGACUCCCUCCGGCUGAGUAUGAAGGGAUGUCGGACAAACAAUGGCUUUGUCCAGAAUGAGGACACCCCGGAGCUGGAUCCAGAUCCCAGCAGCUCUGCGAAUGACCUGCAGCACCAGGCCCUGAGCAUCGCGGGCCCCGAGGAGCCCGCCUGCCAGGGUGUGCAGCCCUACGCGGGGAUGCCCAAGGAGGUGCUGUUCCAGUUCUCGGGCCAGGCCCGCUACCGCGUGCCCCGGGAGAUCCUCUUCUGGCUCACCAUUGUGGCUGUGCUUUUGCUCAUCGGGGUCACCGUGGCCAUCAUCGCCAUCUCUCCAAAGUGCCUCGACUGGUGGCAGGCAGGGCCCAUGUACCAGAUCUACCCAAGGUCCUUCAAGGACAGCGACAAGGAUGGGAAUGGAGAUCUGAGAGGUAUUCAAGAUAAACUGGAUUACAUCAGUGCUUUAAAUAUAAAAACUAUUUGGAUUACUUCGUUUUAUAAAUCAUCCCUGAAAGAUUUCAGAUACGGCAUUGAAGAUUUCCAAGAAAUUGAUCCUAUUUUUGGAACAAUGAAAGAUUUUGAGAAUCUGCUUGCAGCCAUACAUGAUAAAGGUUUAAAAUUAGUAAUGGAUUUCAUACCAAACCAUACCAGCGAUAAACAUCCUUGGUUUGAAAUGAGUAGGACGCGGACUGGGAAAUACACUGAUUAUUACAUCUGGCAUGACUGUGCCCACGAGAACGGCCUGACCAUCCCUCCCAACAACUGGCUAAGCGUCUACGGAAACUCCAGCUGGCACUUUGACGAAGUGCGAAAGCAGUGUUACUAUCACCAGUUUACCAAGGAGCAACCUGAUUUAAACUUCCGAAACCCUGACGUUCAAGAAGAAAUAAAAGAAAUAAUACAGUUCUGGCUCUCUAAGGGUGUUGAUGGCUUUCGUUUCGAUGCUGUUAAAUUUCUUCUAGAAGCAAAAGAUCUGAGAGAUGAGAUCCAAGUCAACAAGUCCCAAAAUCCGGACACUGUCGUUGGCUACUCAGAGCUGUACCACGACUUCACCGCUACCCAGGUGGGAAUGCACGACAUUGUCCGGAGCUUCCGGCAGACUAUGGACGAGUACAGCCGGGAGCCCGGCAGAUACAGGUUCAUGGGGACGGAAGCCUACGAGGACAGCAUUGACAGGACCAUGAUGUACUACGGGCUGUCGUUCAUCCAGGAAGCUGAUUUCCCACUCAACAAUUACUUUUCCAACCUGCACACGCUUUCUGGGAGCACCGUGCACGACAUUAUCUUAUCCUGGAUGGAAAACAUGCCCGAAGGAAAGUGGCCUAAUUGGAUGAUUGGUGGGCCAGACAGUGCCCGGCUGACGUCACGUUUGGGGAAGCAAUACGUCAACACCAUGCACAUGCUGCUCUUCACACUCCCCGGGACGCCGAUCACUUACUAUGGAGAGGAGAUAGGCAUGAGAGACAUUUUAGCCACAGAUCUCAACGAAAACUAUGAUAGUAGCACUCUUUUUUCAAAGUCACCAAUGCAGUGGGAUAAUAGUUCAAAUGCUGGGUUUUCUGAAGGAAAUCACACUUGGUUACCCACCAAUUCUGAUUACCACACUGUCAAUGUCCAGGUCCAAGAGACUCAGCCUAGUUCUGCUUUGAAACUGUACCAAGAUUUAAGUCUGCUUCAUGCCAAUGAGCUGCUCAUCAGCAGGGGCUGGUUUUGCCUUCUGAGCAAUGACAGCAACUCUGUCGUGUACACAAGGGAGCUGGAUGGCAUAGACAGAGUCUUUCUUGUGGUUCUGAAUUUUGGAGACUCAACACUGCUAAACCUACAGGACAUGAAUUUAGGUCUUCCUACAAAACUGAGGGUAAGACUGAGUACCAACCCUGCCUCCACACGCGGUGAAGUUGACACAGGUGGCCUUUCUCUGGAGCAGGGAGAAGGACUAAUCCUUGAAUACAACACGAACAAUCUCUUUCAUCAGCUAACAGCAUUCAGAGACAAAUGCUUUGUCUCCAAUCGAGCCUGCUACUCCAGUGCCUUCAACAUACUGUACAGUGUGUGUUAAGGGACUCUCUGGACGGCAUGGCGACACUGGCUCUCAUAUUUAACUUCACAAAGAGCACGCUGCUGCAUAAACUUUAUAAAUACUCACUAAUUCCUCACUAUUUCUGUCACUUGAAUGUAAAUGCUUUACAAAAAGUUCUCAAAUGUUUAAAAUAAUAAUAAAGUGUUUAAAAGAAAA